AUGCGAGGUUUCGACUAUAGAACCGACGAAGAUGCGCUUAACAUAUGCAUUUUUGAUAAGGGCAAGACGCAUAAGAAUUUAUCAACAGACAACGCGUCACAUGUAUGGUUUCAAUUGGUGAUUGAAACUUUGCUUCGCAUGAAACACACACAGGACAGUAGGCUUGAUAUGAUCAAACUAUGGUACGAAAUCUGUCAAGAAAGCAAAACAGAAGAAGGGCUAAUAAAAGACUUCCAGGAGAACUAUACGCCUGAUUCAGCUAUCUAUUGGUAUACACGAGAGAGUGGUAUCUAUCGUAUUCUAAACAAAGCACUACGGACGGAAGAUUUCGAUGCAGUCUAUGCGUUCCGUUCAAUUUUGACCGACAUUUAUUUGCAACUGAUGUCGAUACAUAAAGAAAUGGCUAGUGAAAACAAAAGCCCCUUUAGAGUUUACAGAGGACAAUUCUUGUCGGAAGAUGAACUCGCAGCUUUGAAAAAAUCUUGUGGUCAAACAAUUUCAAUGAACAGUUUUUUAUCCACCACAGCUUCCUACGAGAUUGCAUUAGCCUUCGUUAGUGCCAAGAAACCUAAUAAGGGUUAUUUUCCGGUUUUGUUUGAGAUCACUGUUGAUCCAAGUUGUCAAUCGCCACCAUUUGCAGAAGUCUCGAGUUUUUCUAUGUUCCGUGAAGAAUCAGAAGUCCUAUUUAUGAGCGGAUGUGCCUUUCGACUCAGUAAAAUUGAAUCUAGUUCCGACCGAACAAAUCUCACAAAAAUAUAUCUAGAGCUGUGCGACGAUCGUGAAAAUGGUUUAAAAGAUUUCUCUGAUUAUAUGAAAUCACAAAUGGGCUCCGAAACAACGCUAACUUCAUUAGGUGAACUACUCUACAAGAUGGGAAACCGAGAUCAAGCGGAAUCUUUCUUAGAUCGAGUUAAUAGUGAGCGAUCGGAUUCCGACGAUACUACAGGACUCACAGCGCUGGGAUUUAUCGCUCUUGAUCAGGAGAACUAUGAUAAAGCAACCGAAUGCUUUGCAAAAGUUUUGAACUACAGGAAAACUUUCUUACCACCCAAAGCACUUCCGCUUGGGUAUGCACACAACAAUAUAGGACUGUUGUAUGACGAAAUGUGA